AUGGCACCAAAACGCAAGUCAGACGCUUUAGAAGCGGGCCUACCCCUCGAAGACCUUCACGAAUCCACUUCCAAAACCGACCAAAACGCCCAUCUCACAGUUCAAGUGACGAAAAAGGCGCGUGUAUCCGACGCGUCGGGAUCUUCCAAGGGCUUGGACCAAAUCUCUAAGCCCACGACAUGGAAGGACAUGGUGCUUCCCGGAGAAGAUGAAGGUACCGUUCCCGUAUACGACGACUGCGCCGAAGUUAGGCGGAAGAUUCGAUUGCUGCAAAAAAACCCCGGAUGGAAGGUAACUCAUUGGCUCAAGGAAAUUGGUGGCAUCAACAGCAAUUCCUUCGGACGCUUCAUGAAAGAAAAAGGUCGCACAGAUGGCGCAUCUAACGGAACUUACCUCGCUGCGUAUAUUUAUUUUGAGAAAGUGAGGAUUUUGGAAGGAAAAAAGAAAACUGCUACCCGUCAGGAUAACGAGAUCUCGCAACCGGAUGGCUUCCCCCUUGAGAACAGGCGCAAACAAUGGGUAUUUGUUGGCAGGUAA